CUGUCAUUAAAUUUAUCUUGGUUAAAACUAAAAGACAUCAAAUUCAUACGUAAACUACUACAUUUAUGCUAAAAAUCGUUGUAUUAUUAAAUUAAUCGUGAUUGUAUAUAUUUUUCUAUGCAUUUUCGCUUUUUUUUUGUCAAGAAUUCCUUAACGAAAUUUUUAAAAUGUCUAGUUUAAAAGAUUUUUCUUGUAUUGGUGGUUUGGAAAAGCAUAUCAAGAUUGUUAAAGAAAUGGUUUUAUUUCCUCUUAUUUAUGGUGAACUAUAUUCAAAAUUCAAUUUGAAACCUCCAAGAGGAUUACUGUUUUAUGGCCCACCAGGAACUGGAAAAACACUAGUAGCAAGUGCUUUGGCGAUAGAGUGUAGUAGCUCCGAACGAAAAGUUUCAUUUAUAUUUCGUAAAGGUUCUGACUGCCUUAGUAAAUAUGUCGGCGAGAGUGAAAAAAAACUAAGAAAAAUAUUUCAAUCUGCUCAAGAAGCUAAACCUUGCAUUAUUUUUUUUGAUGAAGUUGAUGGAUUAGCUCCGACCAGAUCUAGUCGGCAAGAUUUUGUCCAUGCCAGCGUUGUUUCAACUCUUUUAGCUCUAAUGGAUGGUCUAGAUAACAAUUCAGAGAUAAUUGUUAUUGGUGCAACAAAUCGGUUAGAGGCAAUUGAUCCAGCACUCAGACGACCGGGCAGGUUUGACCGAGAGUUAUAUUUUCCACUGCCAUGCUACAUUGCCAGAAAAGAUAUUUUGUCGGUGUACGUCAAAAGUUGGAAGCAAAAACCUUCCGUUAAAUUUCUGGCUUACUUAGCGUCCAAAACAGUUGGAUACUGUGGCAGUGAUCUUCAAGCUUUAUGUGCAGAAGCUGUAAUGUGUUGUGUUAGAAGGCAGUAUCCUCAAAUAUACUCAUCUAAAACGAAAUUCAACAUUAAUGAAAGAACUUUAAAGGUUGAAAAACAAGACUUUGUAUUGGCGCAGCGAAGUAUUGUUCCUGCUUCAUGUCGAGUUAAAUCAAUACUUGUAAAAUGUUUGUCAAGUUACAUUUAUCCUCUCUUAGAAAAUAAUUUCCAUUCUAUUUUAAAUAUUAUACGAUCUCUUUGUCCAUCAGAGAUGCUUAUUCCGAAGAAUACCUCAAGUCCUUCUGUUUCCAAAUCAACUCAUUGUCCAAGACUUUUACUUUGUGGUCGAGAUAACUGUCAUACUCGCCAUUUAGGUCCUGCUAUUCUACAUAACAUUGAAAAUUUACCAUGUCAUUUAUUAGAUGUCGUAAGCCUCUUUGAAGAAACUGGAAGAACUGUUCAGGAAACCAUAAUUCAAAAAGUGAAAACUGCUAAACGUACGCUUCCAUCUAUUCUUUAUGUACCAGACGUUCUUACAUGGUGGAAUUUGGUUGAAGAAAUCAGUAGAAAUAUUUUUAUAUCUCUCAUGAAAGGGCAAGAUCGAUCAGUUUACAUGUUUGUACUGAUUACAAUAAGCUCCGAUAUUACGGAUAUUCCACAUGAGAUUUUAGAAUUAUUCGAUGAGCACCAAGGUGAAAUAUACGAGAUUCAAUGCCCAAACAGUGUACAACGAAAAAAGUUUUUUCAACAACUUUUUAUCAAUGCACAUACUACAACCAAUGCUAUAUCAAACCACUCAUCAUAUGGCGAUUUCCUUCAAGUUUGGGAACAAAAAAAAAAGAGAAAAAUGGAAGUCUUAAAACAACCAGUUGUAGCUGAAGUUUUAAAAGGGCCGGUGACAAGAAGUUCCAAAAUGAAAACUGAAUCUAAAUCCAAAUUAAGCUACCCACCGUCACGAUUCAAUCAAAAUCUUAAAAGGAAGCGGAGUAAAUCUGAUGAUAAAUUUGAAUUGAAAAAACCAGACGUUUUUUCGAAUAUUUUUGGAGAAAACCGAAAGCCAUUGUUUUAUUAUGGGAAUGAGCAAGGAAUUCAAGAACUCCUUAACCAAAUCGUUGAGCGUACUGAAAAGUGGACUACACUAGAACUUGAAGGCUUAUAUCUUUCAUUACAAGGAGUCUUAAGUCAAUCAGAUACUUACGAUUAUACGAGCGUGACCGAACAUUUAACACAUUAUUUUAAACAUAAAAAAUCUAAUUAGUAUCGAUAAAGGAAUCUAACAAAAAAAAUAGUAUGAACUCGAUAAGUACACUGUUUUUGGCAUUAUAUACGAUCAAUAAAUUUUACCACUGAAAAUUGGAUGAAAAUCUUCUUAUUCUCUCACUUGAAUAUUCGAAUCCAAAAAUUUUUUAAAGUUUAGAUCACACUUGAUAUUAAUAUCGUAGCCGAAUUCAACUGUACA